UUCCCUAUACAAGCAACGAUGAGUGGAAGAGGUAAAGGAGGCAAAGGUCUCGGUAAAGGAGGCGCCAAGCGGCAUCGCAAGGUUCUCCGUGAUAACAUCCAGGGUAUAACCAAACCAGCAAUCCGCCGUCUGGCUCGCCGAGGUGGAGUGAAGCGUAUCUCCGGACUCAUAUAUGAGGAGACUCGUGGUGUGUUGAAGGUGUUCCUGGAGAACGUAAUCCGUGAUGCCGUCACCUACACUGAGCACGCCAAGAGAAAGACCGUCACUGCCAUGGAUGUGGUGUACGCUCUGAAGAGACAGGGCCGUACUCUCUAUGGCUUCGGAGGUUAAACUCAUAAUCAAAGUUGAUAAACAAAGGCCCUUUUCAGGGCCACC